CCACCACCAGGGCGCUAUAGGGGCAGGGACAGCUUGGUGGACACGCGCACACAGCGUUAUCGUCAGAUACGUUGCUACUAUUAUUUUGCUGCUCAUCAGCUUCUGUACAACCUGAGGAGGUGUGCUAUGGCAGAAAGUGGCAGUUUCCAUCUAAUUAUAGUGGACCGAUAUACUUCAGUCAAAGUAAUGGGGGAUCUGUGAAAGUUGUAAUUAAAGAUGGGAAGGCAACAGACGCACGCUUCAGAGUCUCUCCUGGCUCAAUUUAUCUUACAGACGUGACAGAAAGAGAUAAAGGAAUUUAUUUGGCGUCAUCUGGUGGCGAUCAGGGACACAAUGUUGUUGAACUGAAAGUCUUGGAAUGUGCCAAAAAGGUCAAGAGGGAUUACUACUAUACUUGGAAGUACUCUAUCCCUAGACGGGCUGAAAUCCUGGAGUUUAUUCCCCUUCACAGUCUGGACCAGCCAAAGAUCCUGUGGAAUCGCACAGACUCUCAGAUCAGAGAAAGCAGGGCAUGGGUGGAAAAACAUAAGUGAGAGCUAUCUUAUCUCACUCAGGCAGACAGUGGCUGCUACAACUUGACCAGGGUGUUGCUACAAGGUGUGCAGUACAAGCUGAUGUGAGAUUUCUGCAUUUUACCAGAUUAAAUGUUCUUAUGAAGUCUGAUCUGUGUCACUAACAGAACUAACACUUCACUUGAAUGCAAAGACAAAUGAGUGCUUCGUCGUUCCAUACCCUCAGGCCAUUAAGACGUGGGCUGUGACUUUUACGCCUCAAGGGGAAAUGGAACCCAGAACACUGAUGAAUGGCAGUCUGAUCAUAAAAGAUAAUUGGUUCUUUGACAGAAUUUGGACAGUCAUGAAUGGCAUAGAAAUGAAUGCUGUAGAAACAAUAGACUCUGGCACCUUGAAGUUCAGAGACCCAGAAGGCGACCUGACCUUGAGUGCACAGCUUGAAGCGAAUCGAGCAUUUAUGUCAGAGAGUACAUUACUCACUGUUAUUGCCUUGGUUGCCAUCAUUGGGAUCAUCUGCAUUUGCUGGUGUUGUAAAAUGAACUGCAAGUCUUCUCCUCAGACUGAAGGCUCACCUGAGCCUAAUGUAUAUUGUCAUGAUCAGGAUCAACCUACAGGUCAGCGUUAUUCAGGUGAACCACCUCCUCCAUAUUGGUCCUGUCAGCCCAUGAAUUUUCAUGUUUCUGAACAACCUACGGGUACCUCGUCUGAGCCACCGGCAUAUCAUGAAGUUGCACUUCCAGGAAGGUGGGAUUCCACUCCACAUCCCUCAGUCAGCUCAGACCCCCUCCUCUCAACCCUGGAACCACACUUUGAUCUGGAAGGAGUAACAGUUCCCUCUGCACCUCCUCUUAGUUCAGAGUUUUAGAGCUUAAGUUCAGAUGUUGUUUUUUGCACUCAAACUGACAGAUAUUUUAACUAUUAUAAAUUAUUCUCUGUUAUCUGUGGUUUGUUCCUCCUAUUUUAAACAUGCAGCAGUCUACCCCCUUAAAAAACUGAAAAACAGAAACAACAUAUAUUAAUUCUUCUUGACCUCACCUCUACCCUCAGAUCAUGUUGUAUGUGUUAAACAGGUAAUCUUCUGUACGGAUUGACAAAGUUUUAUCUUCUUAUGCUCCUCUCUCUUCUGGAGUCCCACAGGGUUCCACUUUGGGUCCCCUUUGAUUUGCAUCUGCUGUAAGCUACAUGCUAACUCUUGGGCACAUCUUGGCCUAACGUUUCCGAGAUCGUCACUUCUCUGCAGACAAUACACAACAAACUCAAUAUACGAGACGCCAUAACAGGAUAUAAUGUCCAAUCUGGAAGGAAGAAACUGGAUGUCCAAUUUUUUUUCUGAAACGGAAUAAUGGAAUUUAUUGUAUUUACACCCUCUCCACCCAGCACAAACUUUUUGUGUUGGAAUCCAAUUUCUCUUUUGAUUUGCACGUGUCUAAAGUUAUGCAGUUGUUUUUUUUAUUCAGCUUAGACAGAUAUCUGUCUAAGAUGAAUAAUCUGCUCUAAGCUGCUCAUUCCAACUCAGAAAAGGUUAUUCGUGUUUGUAUUUCUUGAAGAUUUGGCUGCUGUCAUGCUGUUAACUCUUACAGCAUUCAUCAUAACAUCCUCAGACUUCAAAAUGCUGCUGCAGGCUUUUAAUAUAUAGAAAAAGAAGCAGUAAUGUUACACCAGUCCUCACAUGCUUUCACUGGCUACCUUUUAGUUGUAGAACUAAUAUGAAGAUUUUAUUGGUGGUUUUUAAGGCCUUAUACACUUUUGUCUAUAUCUGUUGCUGACGCCAUGUGACCCUGGCUGUUGCCUGAGAUCUUCCACCAUGGCCUUGGUUAGUGUUGACUUGCCUGUCCACUAAAUGCGAUUAAGCCUUUCCAACUUAGGACCCACUGAAGACCUGGGGGUAUUUUUUUUUGAAGAAUAGCUUUUAUGUUUUUUUAUUAAAAAAAAUGCACAUCUAAAUGCAAUGCAAGUAUUACUGUCACUGUAUAUUUUUGUAUGUAAGUUAGAACUUUUAUAACCUUUUUGUGAAAACUGAAAAAGUUUUGAGACACUUGUUUUGUGUCAAAUUGUGAUACUUUUCUAUGGUCUAAAUCUGUUAUUUAAAAAUGCACAUCUAAAUGCAAUGCAAGUAUCAUCCUCACUGUAUUUUUUAUAGAUUAUGUAAGCUGGAACUUUUAUAACCUUUUUGUGUUACUUUG